AUGGGUAAAACUGCAGACUCCGAAUCAAAAGCGGAAACUUCACACCUCCCCAUGCACAUAAUGUCUAUGGAAUUUGAGGAUGAGCCAAUAUCUUCAAUCAUAGAAAAAACCAGUGUCACAGCAACAGUUACUUCGCCUCCUUUACCAGCGCUCGUAAGUGAAGGACAUAAAGACUCUAUACUUCACAAUAACCAUAGUUCGUCACCUAAUGGGGCCGAUGAAAAGAAUUUGACUCUUCAUCACCCAGGUCACUUUCGCGAUGAUCCUGUGGCUUUUGUAAGACAACUUGGCGCGUUUUAUCAAGGAACAGGAUGGCGAAGCUAUAAAAAUUAUAUUGGAACGCGUAUACUUUAUGACGGCUACACUGAAGAAACAAAAGAACGUGUUCUUAAUAGUGAACGCGUCCGUUAUAUGAUUGCGUAUCUUGCGGAAAAGCAGACUAAUAUCUUUGCGCAAUCAUUUCCAUCGUUGGACGCUAAAACCCUCCAAAAAAGAAAAAAAGCGUUAGAGGGAGAAUUGCAGGAUGUAGCCAGUGCCAUGGUCGACAAAUUAAUAGCCGACCUGAAUAGUUUGGGAUUCAUUCGAUUUUUUGGAUUCUUCGUUAAUAAUAUAUUAGUGAGAAUGUAUCAUCAAGGCAUUCGUAUAUAUUGGCCAGAAUUUCUAGAGAUCCGUCGCGUUGCGAUUCGCGCUGCUCAAAAUUCUCAGUCCCUUCUUAUCCUCCCAUGUCACAAAUCGCACAUUGAUUAUCUUGUUAUCUCUUGGAUAUUUUUCCGACUUGGUCUUGCUUUACCCCAUAUUGCUGCUGGUGAUAAUUUAGAUCUACCGAUAGUUGGUAGUGCACUAAGACGCGGUGGAGCAUUUUUUAUUCGUCGUAGUUGGGGUGAAGAUCAACUUUACGCAAGUGUGGUGAAAGAAUACCUAGAAGGAUUAUUAGAACGUGGGCAUAACAUCGAAUGUUUCAUUGAGGGUACGCGUAGUCGAACUGGAAAACUACUGCCACCUAAACUUGGAAUUCUAAAGAUUAUCUUAGAUUGUAUCUUAUCGGGCAGAGCAAAAGAUUGCUGGAUUGUGCCAAUGUCAAUACAAUAUGAUAAAGUGAUCGAAACAGAAAGCUAUUAUAAUGAAUUAUUGGGAAAUCCAAAAGAAAAAGAAAGUCUUUGGGGAGUAGUUACCAAUACAAGAUUAUUACAGUUGAAAAUGGGUCGAAUUGAUGUCCGCUUUGCAAAGCCUUAUUCUCUUCAGAGCUUUUUAAAAGAGCAAAUAAAUCGAAGAAAUUAUAUUGAUCCUACACAGGAUCAGCAAAAAAUUAUCUUACUGAGGGCUUUAGGAUAUAGGGUCCUUUCUGAUAUAAAUGCAGUAUCGGUAGUCAUGCCGACUGCUCUAGUGGGCACAGUAAUUUUAACACUACGUGGUCGGGGUGUUGGGCGAAACGAACUAAUUCGUCGCGUGGAAUGGCUUCGGUCUGCAAUUCGGGCAAAAGGAGGCAGAGUAGAUGAUUUUGGUAACAUGACAAUCGGUGAGGUUGUUGAUAGUUUGGUGUUCUUUGAUAGAGCGCUAGCAGUUUUAAAGGAUUUAAUUAAAGAGCGAAAAAGCUUGCUCGAGCCUGUAUUUUAUGCAGAAAAAAGAUUUGAAUUAAGCUUCUAUCGUAAUCAGGUUAUGCAUCUGUUUGUAUCCGAAGCAAUAUUAUCGGCCUCCAUGUAUACAAAAAUAAAACAAGGUGGUGCUAUAUCCACUCAACGUUUAACCUUUGACGUUGUCCUUGAAGAAGUGACUUUUCUAUCAAAAUUGUUGAAAGGUGAAUUUGUUUAUCAACCUGGAGAAAUUAAAACAAAUUUGGAAAUAACGCUGAAUGGAUUAAAGAAUGAUGAUGUAUUCGAAUAUGAUAAUAACUUUGUAGAGUUAUCGGCUACAGAAAGAAAAAACGGACGAGAAAUAUAUGAUUUUUACUGCUUUUUAAUAUGGCCUUUUAUUGAAACUUAUUGUCUCUUUUCCAUGACACCUCCCGCGUCAACAACUAAGAGGUUUGACAAAAUUACAACACAUAAACCAAUCCCAAUCGUUUGGUUUAAUGAACGGGAUCUCCACAACAAAUGUCAACUUUUUGGAAAAACACUCUAUUACCAAGGUGAUCUUUCAUAUUUCGAAGCAAUAAGUAAAGAAACGUUAAAAAAUGCUUUUAUCAGAUACGAGCAUAUGGGUAUCAUCAUGGUGAAGCGAAGCCAAAACAGUAAAGUCCCAACCACUAUAGCCUUAAAUCCUGAUUACGUCCCAACACGAAACGCCAAAGGAGCUAUUGAGGCUAGUGGGAAGUUAUGGAAUUUCGUCGAACAUGUUGGUAGAUUUAGGCGGGAAGGCAAAAAUAGGCGAGAUAAUAUGACUGUUAGUUCGAGGGUUUUACGUUUAGCUGAGAUGGUGGGGAUGCCAAAUACGGCUGAUGUGGAAGUUAUCAAAGCCGGAAUACCCGAGGCUAAACUCUAA